AUGCCGCCUCCUCGCCGCGGGGCCGCCGCCCUCCUCGUCCUCGCGGCCGUCAUCCUCCUCGCCGCGGGCGGAGCCGACGCAGCGCGGGGCCAUCGGAAGGCCGGCGGCGGCAUCAGCCAGCAGGCGUGGCGGUUCCUGGCGUCCCACAACGCGGCGCGCCGCGCGGUGGGCGUGCGCGCGCUGGCGUGGGACGGCGGGCUGGAGCGGUACGCGCGCGACUACGCGAGGGCGCGCGCGCGCGCCGGGUGCGCGCUCGUGCACUCGCACGGGCGGUACGGGGAGAACCUGUUCCGCGGCAGCGGCGCCGGCGGCGGGGGCGGGUGGACGCCCGAGGCCGUGGUGGAGGCGUGGGUGGUGAAGGAGCGGGCCAUGUACGACGCCCGGUACAACGCCUGCCGCGGCGCCCGGGGCGCGUGCGGGCACUACACGCAGAUCGUGUGGCGGAAGACCACCAGGGUCGGCUGCGCCACGGCGAUCUGCGCCGGCGGCCGCGGCACCUUCGCGGUCUGCGCGUACGACCCGCCCGGCAACUACGCCGGCGUCAGGCCGUACUAG